CGCCCACUGCAUUUUUAUUUAACCUUACGCAAACCUCUCACCGCGCGUUCAACAAAGUCGCUCCUGUUAUUCGAAGGAGCCAUGUGGACAGCCAUGCUGGGUCUGACUGCCUUACCACAUGUUGGUGGGAUCUAUGGAGGCUUAAUCACAAGAAAAGAGGUGAAGACAUGGUACGCCUCACUUAACAAACCAUCAUGGAGGCCACCCAAUUCGGCUUUUGGAGUAGUAUGGACUGCUUUAUACACCGGCAUGGGGUAUGGUUCAUACCUGGUGUAUAAAGAGCUCGGAGGCUUCACAGAAGAUGCUGUGGUCCCACUGGGACUCUAUGGCCUGCAGCUGGCACUGAACUGGGCCUGGACCCCUAUCUUUUUUGGGGCACACAAGAUCAAACUGGCACUCAUUGACCUUGUCUUGCUGACGGGCACAGUGGCCGCCACCAUGGUGUCCUGGUACCCGGUGAACCGCACUGCCACGCUCCUCCUGACUCCAUACAUAGCCUGGCUCUGCUUGGCUACCUCCCUCAACUACUGCAUCUGGAGGGACAACCCUGAGACCAAAAAAGACUAGAGCGGACAUAUAUGUAAUUAACAUGCACUAGUAGGCACAUUAUGACUCUUCACGGCCACUACCACAAAUAUGCCUGUAACCAUAUUCAAGUGAAUAUAUGAAUUAAGUCAUGGCAGUUGCUUGACUAAUGAAUUUCUCAAGUAUGGGAUGAAUAUAUACUAACAUUUAGGUUACGUCUCUGCUGGCUUUGUAAAAUAAAAUAUUUCAAUUACGAUUAUGAUCUUAUCAAGAUCACUUGUCUUUUAAUAACAUUUGAUUUCUUGUCAGUAAAAAUGACUAAAUUUCCACUACAAUUAUGUAUGCAUGAAUGAUUUUGCAUCACUGAAUCAGCUUUUGUUUGUAUUUGUUCCAAAAAAUAAAAUAAUGUUGGCUGAGA